AUGAUAGCCAGAAGCAUUUCAGUUCAAUUUUUUCUCCUCAUCAAUUUCCUUAUUCGUGUAUGCCUGGCAACCAAUUAUUACUUUGAUAGCGCGCCUUCUAGUGGUGGAAAUGGUCUGCAUUCCACACCUUUCAAUAAUCUAUCAGCCAUCAGUUCCCUCAGCAUCGCACCCGGCGAUAAUAUCCUCUUGAAACGCGGGUCGAGGUUUUCGGACUCGUUGAUAUUGAACCAAAGUGGCUCUGCCAACUUGCCCAUUACUGUUCAGGCGUAUGGAGAUCCACGUCAAGCUAACCCCAUCAUUGAUGCCGGUGACAAUGUCUUUCAACUGAAUGCUGUUCUUCUAAAUGGCACGUCCUAUGUAACAGUUCAAGACCUCGACAUCACCAACCCGGGAGAUAACAAGACCCCCCGACGUGGAGUAUACGUGUACGCUGAGAAUUCAGGUGAAGUCCGAGAUAUCACACUGCAAAAUCUGUUUAUCCACGAUGUGCGCGGGUGGAUGCCGUCUACAACAGACACCGGGAUUGGAACGGGCAAAUAUGCGAAUGCCUCAGGAGCUAUCGUGUUCGAGGCCAAUGGAAAUAACACCGCAAGCUACUUCGCCGACAUUACUGUUCAAGACAAUGUCAUUCGGUCAGUGGACCGCCAGGGGAUCUAUACCUGGUCCAAUUGGUGUCGUCGGCCUGCUAUGGCUUCAUUUUGGGACACGCUCUGCUUCCAGCCCUGGUAUGCAUCAACAGGUCUACUAGUGCAACGGAAUCGCCUCUAUGAUAUUGGAGGUGAUGGAAUCGUUGUUACUGGGAAUGAAAAUGCUCUGGUCCGCAAUAAUACCGUUAUUGGAUUCAAUAAGCGUUCCCAGUCCCCGAAUGCGGGUAUAUGGACUGCCAAUAGCGACGGGUCCUUGUUUCAAUAUAAUGUUGUGUCUGGAGGUAACACAAUUCAAGAUGGUAUGCGACGCCCUUUGAUCCUUUUCACGAAUAUGUGGGAUUUGUGUUGCUGA